AAGCAAGUUUAUAGCAGAAUUAUCAAUUAUUACUUCAAAAAGAUAGAUUAGAUUCGUCGAUAAAAAUGAAAAAUGGAGAAGGCUGUACUGUUGUGCUCGAGUAACAGAUGCCAUAAAUUAAAUUUGUCGCCGACUGUUGUAUUGCGGACAAAACCCCAUUUGAUUUAUGCGAUCCCACCGACCCAUUUCACAACUUCGGAUAAAAAAGCAGCAGCAGCAGCAGCCUUUCCUCUGUUCCGAUCGAUUGUUCUUCCGUCCUCAUCUCCUUUUCACAUAAAAAAAAGGUUUAGUAACAGGUUGAUGGUGUCUGGGAUGGCAAGUGACAUCGAAGAAACUGCUGCUAAUUCGGAUGUAAAGUCCGGCACUAUGGUUUUUGAGCCUAUACUGGAGGACGGUGUCAUAAGAUUUGAUUGUUCAGCAGAUGCUAGAAAUUCAGCAUUUCCAAGUCUUAGUUUUGUUGAUUCUAAGAAAAGGGACACACCAAUCAUGGAUAGUAGUUACAAUAAUGUCCCUUCAUUUACUCCUAAUUUUGAAUCUGUCCUGGGACAGCAAGUUGUUCAACUUAAGCUCCCUGAUGGUACCUCAUUCUAUGGGACUGGAGAGGUCAGCGGACAGCUUGAGCGAACCGGGAAGAGAAUUUUUACAUGGAAUACGGAUGCAUGGGGUUAUGGUCCCGAAACAACAUCUUUGUACCAAUCACAUCCUUGGGUUCUUGCAGUGCUUCCUACUGGAGAGGCACUAGGAGUUCUUGCUGACACCACCAACCGCUGUGAGGUAGAUUUGAGGAAUGAAUCUAUUAUCAAAUUUGUUGCUCCAUCAUCCUAUCCUGUUAUUACAUUUGGACCAUUUGAUUCACCAACUGCCGUUCUGGUAUCUUUGUCGCGUGCAAUUGGAACUGUAUCCAUGCCCCCAAAGUGGUCAUUAGGUUAUCAUCAAUGCCGCUGGAGCUAUAUGUCCGAUGCACGAGUUCUUGAGGUUGCCAGGACAUUUCGGCAGAAGGAUAUACCAUGUGAUGUCAUAUGGAUGGAUAUAGAUUACAUGGAUGGUUUCCGUUGUUUUACUUUUGACAAGGAGCAUUUCUCUGAUCCAGUUUCCUUGGCAAAAGAUCUUCAUGAUACGGGAUUCAAAGCAAUCUGGAUGCUUGAUCCUGGUAUUAAACGCGAAGAAGGUUAUUUUGUUUAUGAUAGUGGCACCAAAAACGAUGUAUGGAUUCAAACUGCAGAAGGAAAGCCUUUCGUUGGGGAUGUUUGGCCUGGUCCUUGUGUUUUUCCGGACUUUACACAGUCCAAAACUCGUUUAUGGUGGUCUAGUCUUGUUAAAGAAUUUGUCUCUAAUGGUGUUGAUGGAAUAUGGAACGACAUGAAUGAACCAGCAGUUUUCAAAACUGUAACAAAAACGAUGCCUGAGAGUAAUAUUCAUAAGGGAGAUACUGAACUUGGUGGCUGUCAAAAACAUUCACACUAUCACAAUGUUUAUGGAAUGCUAAUGGCAAGAUCAACCUAUGAAGGAAUGAAGUUGGCUAAUGAAAAUAAGCGACCUUUCGUUCUUACUAGAGCUGGGUUUUUGGGAAGCCAAAGGUAUGCUGCAACUUGGACUGGAGACAACCUUUCAACAUGGGAGCACCUUCAUAUGAGUCUCUCAAUGGCACUUCAACUGGGGCUAAGUGGCCAGCCUCUUUCAGGACCUGAUAUAGGAGGUUUUGCUGGCAAUGCAACACCUAGACUAUUUGGAAGGUGGAUGGGCAUAGGAGCCAUGUUUCCAUUUUGUCGCGGACACUCAGAAGCUGGCACUACUGAUCAUGAACCUUGGUCAUUUGGGAAAGAGUGUGAGGAAGUGUGUCGUCUGGCUUUAAAGCGACGUUAUCGUCUUUUACUUCACAUAUACACACUGUUCUAUAUUGCACAUACAAAGGGUAUUCCUGUGUCAACUCCUACUUUCUUUGCUGAUCCAAAAGAUCCAAAAUUAAGGAAAAUAGAGACAUCCUUUCUACUUGGGACACUUCUAAUAAGUGCAAGCACAAGGAGAGAUCUUGGGUUAGGUCAAGUGCAGCAUGUGUUGCCCAAAGGCAUCUGGUUGGAGUUCGAUUUUGAUGAUUCGCAUCCGGAUUUACCUGCACUGUAUUUACAAGGUGGAUCUAUAAUUCCUUUGAGCCUUCCGCAUCAGCAUGUUGGGGAAGCUAAUCCAACCGAUGAUUUGACACUCCUUGUGGCCUUAGAUGAACAGGGUAAAUCAACGGGGGUGCUUUUUGAAGAUGAGGGGGAUGGAUAUGAAUUCAAAUCAGGUGGAUAUCUUUUGACAACAUAUGUUGCUGAACGUGUAUCUUCAGUUGUUACUGUGCGAAUCUCUCACUCGGAAGGUUUUGUCAAGAGGCCAAACCGCCGUUUACAUGUGCAAUUGUUACUCGGAAAAUGUGCAAAACUUGAUGCUUGGGGCACUGAUGGAGAGGUACUUGAAAUAGAGAUGCCUUCAGAAAAUGAAGUUUCCAGUUUAUUGUCUGCAAGUGAGAUUAAGUACACGACUCGCCUGGAAAUUGCAAGGUGUAUUCCAGAUGUUGAGGAGGGUCCAGGGACUAAAGGAGGAGAGCUGUCUAGGAGCCCAGUUGAGCUGCAAAACGGUGUUUGGGCUCUUAAGAUUGUUCCUUGGAUUGGCGGUAGAAUUAUUUCCAUGUCGCAUAUUCCUUCAGGUACUCAAUGGCUCCAUAGUAGGAUUGAAGUUGAUGGAUAUGAAGAGUAUAGUGGUGUUGAGUACCGGUCUGCUGGAUGUUCCGAGGAAUACAAUGUUAUCGAACGAAAUCUUGAGCAAGCAGGAGAGGUGGAGUCUCUUAAGAUGGAGGGUGAUGUUGGUGGUGGAUUGGUUCUUGAAAGGGAGAUCUCUUUCCCAAAAGAUAAAACCCAAGUUUUCAGAAUUGACUCGGCCAUUCUAGCACGUAAUGUGGGUGCUGGUUCUGGAGGAUUUUCCAGGCUUGUUUGCUUGAGGGUGCAUCCUUCGUUUUCACUUUUACACCCUACUGAAACUUAUGUUUCGUUUACAUCACUGAAUGGGUUGAAAAAAGAAGUUUGGCCAGAAUCUGGCGAGCAAUACUUUGAAGGCGAUCUUCGUCCCAAUGGUGAAUGGAUGCUGGUUGAUAGAUGUCUGGGCUUGGCUUUAGUGAACUUCUUCGAUAUAAAAGAGGUCUUUAAAUGUCUGAUUCAUUGGGGAACUGGGACUGUUAAUUUAGAGCUUUGGUCUGAAAACAGGCCUGUUUCUGCACAAUCUCCUCUUUCGAUUUCACACGAAUACGAGGUCAGACAAGUUGCAAAGUAAGUAAUCCUUUAAUAAACUCUCAAACUAUUAUAUAUGUAUGUAUGAAACAUGAUAUUAUUCAGGUUACAAAUAAUCUUAUUUAAGAUUGAUCAAUCAAUCGCCUGGAAAUAUUGACAUAUGUAUAUAUACAUAAUAAAUGAUAAAUAGUGAAGCUUUUUUUAUCAAUGAAAGUCGAGCGGAGCAGGGAAGUCUUUGAGUUCAUGGCCCUGAACAUGGAUAUCCUAAGAAGAAUCAAACAAGGAAAGAUUUAGAAAACCAAUUUAUAUAUGUAUUAUGUAUGUAUGUGUGUAUAAGCUUCAGAGAAUUAAUUACUAACCGCAGCAAAGUGGUUUGUAUCGCGAUGAUGACACUCAUCUGCUCUAAUCACCACGACCACAUCCCUGAGGGUAGCAUCUGCUGGGAGGCGCCAAUAGUCUAUUGCAAUAGCCGGCGCGGGAAUAUUCUCAAACUUUCCAUUAUCAAUGUCCUUGAGGAACUCGGUGUAGGAGUUAACUGCCUCUUCUUCUAGAUAACCCGCAAUCCGAUGUGCGAUCUUUGGGGAGGCUAAGUAAGUCACGAAGUAGGCGUUGAAGAAAACACCUUGGGCGGCGAAAACCAAUGCCCGCUCGUACCACUUAGGUUUGGAGAGUUCGAUGAACGUCAUGAGGUGCAUCCUCUCGUUCUCAGCCUCUUCUAAGAGAGCUUUGAUCCAUCCGCCGCUAUGCUCGAACCUCCGAAGUGAUUUGCAGUGGAGGAGCAUUCCUCCCACCAUUCCUGGGACGGCUGCCACCGUCUCCAGCAACAAGGCGUGGCACAUGUGUCGUCUCUG